GAAGAUUCUUUACCCACUGGCUUACGUCAUGUCUACCCCCCUUGCGUGUGCAUAUAUAAGUUGGCGGUCUUGGCAGAUGAACCUUGUCAGUCCGCUUUCUCCGUCAAACCGGCUACUGCUACGUAACCAUUUUCGAAGAUGAAUACGAUGACGGUGUUAAUCGGACUCGUCCUCAUGAUGAGUUUGACAGCUUCGGCCUAUCCGUCUCGCUAUUAUUCCCGUCCGACAAAUAAUUACCGCUACUACCAGCCAGAAAUCGAUCGGAUGCUGGGAUAUUACAAUCCGUAUUAUUACAUGGUGGCUGCUCCGGUGCAAUCCAGAUCGCUGAUGAGCGACGAUUAUUAUUACCAGCAGGAUCCUUACCAAGUGUCCCAGUUGAACGACAUGUUUUCCGACUACAUCCUCGGCCAAUUGUCCAAGAGCAAAGGACAAAACCGGCAGGGAGUUGAGAUGAGAACCAAAGCCAAUUCCAAAAACGGGAUCAGUCGAGCAGGUAAUUCCAUUCCCGGAGCUUUUCUAGUUCCCGCCAAAGUCAACGGAGCCUUCGCCGGACCCCUGGCCGUCGUUCCCGCACAUUACGGAGGUCCCGGUGCGGUGACCAAUAGCGCCGCAACCGGAGCCCAAUACCUUCCCAUUAUCGACGGUCCCAAUUGGCCGUUUCUUGGAAGGCCAAAGGUCAGCUCCUUCGGUGUUGAUUCGCAAUCAUACAGUUCCGGAGGUGGUGCUCAAUACGUUCCGGUUCCGGACGGUCCCAAUUGGCCGUACAUCGGAGUCGCUUCGCCGAUCGCCGAAAGCCGAUCUUCACGUCCAUCAAAGGAUUACGAUCAACAUCUUAUCGUUGAUGAGUCUUAUUUUCCGAUCGAUUAUCCACUCAAUUAUUAUACCGACGAUGAGUACCUGUACGGUAAUUACUGAAUUUGCUUCAACUGAAACCCACAUUUACAGUCCUUCCGGUCCACUUCAAGGCUGCUGUGAAACUUUGCUUGCCACUUAAUAAUAGUAAUUUAACUAUAACUAACGACACUUUUCAUUUCAAGACCGACACGUAUGCGGGCGAUUUUUGCUGGUGGUCCGGUAUACUGCUGUGGUUGGCAACUUUGGAUUUUGUCGGAUUUUGUCAAAUAACAUUCUUCUUUUCCGUUGUUGGGUGUGGUCUCUGUCGGUGGUUAUUUUUAAAAAAGAGACGCAGUGUAGUAUUAUUAUAUUUGUAUAACCAUUUCCGGGAUAAUGCCGUAUGUCAUGAAAUUUUAUUUCGCAAUGAUUAAGUAAGUUAAAUAUUUAUUUCCAUCGAAGAAUUAUUUAUUGGUACACGAAAUAAAAAAAAAUUCGGAAAUAAGAAACACAAGAUUUUUAUUAUUCUGAAUAACUUGGAAUAGUUUGGAGACGAAAUCGGGAUGGCCACUCUCGUCAUCUGAAUGGUUAGCAACAGAACAAAGACAGCCAAAGUGAAUUUUAGCUUUUGAUCGAUGGAUCAAAAUCUACAAGUUGGGGGACACGCCCUAAAAGAAAAACCGGAUUCACUUUCCCUAACGUGUAACUCUUUUCCUGUCUACUCAAAAGCAGAAGGGCAACGUGAAAAUAAAAAUAGAAACAAGAGUAAACUAAAAAAGAACAUUAAGAGCAGGCACAAGGAUGAUUAAAUUUCACGUCAGGGAAAUGACCUUGCCAUACGGGAAGACUCUUCGAGACGAAUCGGCAACUUCAAGAUCAAGGGCGACGCCUUGGACGAACGAAUAUCAUUAAUUGGGUGUGGACCUGAGUCCUCCUUCCUCCCCCCACCCCCCUCCCGUUUCCCUUCGAUGGAGAUAACGGAUGGUAGGGGGAGUUGUGGGAGGAGAAGAAAUCUUGAGAAGCACAAGAAGAAUAGAGAAUGUUCAACACCAUCUAGUCGUUGCGUCCUCAAGGUUAGCAAAGGAAGAAACUCCGACGCCCAUCGACUAUUCGCGUAUAAAAAUGGAUCGUAACUCCCAGUUCAAUCGUCAGUUACCGACAAGUUCUCAAUUCAGUCUCAAGUCGAAAAUGAACCCUUUGAUUUUGGUCACUCUAUUGGUUGCCGCCGCAUCGGCCGCACCGACUAACUUGGUCAACCCGGCCGUCCCGUGUGCCCAUGGAGUCGCUGCCCUGACCUACGCCGUCCCUGAGCCCGUCCAGGUUGCCGUUCAACCCCAAAUCACUUACGACUUCCCCGUUCCAGUAUCUGCUCCAGCUCCUGCCCCAGCCCCAGUAGCUGUUGCGGUACCUGCACCAGUUAAGGUUGAAUACGACUUCCCUGCACCAAUUGCUGCCCCAGCACCAGCCCCAGUUGUUGUUGCUGCUGCUCCAGUAGCUGUUGCCGCUCCAGUCAAAAUUGAAUACGACUUCCCCGCUCCCAUUUCGGCCCCAGCACCAGCCCCAGUCGUCCCGGUGGCUGCUCCCGUUGCCCUGCCGGCACCAGUCAAGAUCGAGUACGACUUCCCUGCACCCAUCUCUGCUCCAGCUCCGGCACCAGUUGUUGUUGCUGCCCCAGCACCAAUCACCUACGCCGCACCUGCACCAGUUAAGGUUGAAUACGACUUCCCCGCUCCUAUCUCCGCCCCGGCUCCAGCCCCAGUUGUCGCUGUUGCUGCUCCCGUUGCUUAUGCCGCACCAGCUCCAGUCGUCCAGGUUGCCGCUCCCGUCAAAGUUGAAUACGAUUUCCCAGCACCCAUCUCUGCUCCUGCUCCCGCUCCCGCUCCCGUACCAGUAGCUGUUGCUGCUCCAGCUCCAAUUACCUACGCUGCCCCGGCCCCAGUUGCCUAUGCCGCACCUGCCCCAGUUCAGAUCGCUGCUGCCCCAGUCCAUGUUGUCCCCCAGGCCUUCGAGACCAGGGUCCACUACGCCGAGACCCCCGUCGUCGUCGGACACACUUCCACCAUCAUGAAGCCCAACUUGGGAGCCGGUGCUCACGUCACCAACUUUGACUUCAUGGGAUUGGCCCAGACCAAAACCGUCGGACAGGAAUCCUUCGUCCAAAAGUCCAAAGUUUUGGCUCCCGCCCGCACCGUCUCCGAAAUCACGCCCCAGGUGACCGUCCAACACCCGACCAAAGUCAACGUUGAAAAGUUCGCCGUUGAGGUGCCCGUCGCCGCUCCUUACGCCCAGCCUGUCCCAGUUCCAGUUGCUCCCCAAUACGAAAUCCACCAGUAUCACGCAGCAGCUGCCGUUCCCGCUGUCCAUUUCCACAAUGGCAUCCCGUGCUCUGAGAAGAAACACUAUUAAAUCAAAUCGACUAGCUCUUAUUCAAGAUUGAUCUUUGAUUAUUCGAAUUUUUCGAUUGUGUUAUGUUAAUACCGAAAUACAUAAAACCUUUUUUUGAUUGUAA